GGAAAGGUCAGAGCUGAGUCCGGUUUGAGAUGCGAAAUGCACUUUAUGCGCUUUUGUUUCGAUACAUAAACACUCGACAAGCUCUUUACGUUUCACCUCAAUGGCGCUUCAUUCAGCCGAGCUGCAAAACGGAGCAGAGAUAACUUCUAAAGCAAUUAUUACAGAUUUUCCAUGAAGACCGGCUGGCGGUCCGCGCAGACGGCUGCUGGCAGGUGGAGCGUGACGCAGAUGGGCUGCCGAGAGGCCACAGGUGGUGCAGAUGGGUGAGCUGGACUUUAAAAAGCCAAACACGCCCUAAAGCGCUGGAAGGAGGAAGGGAAGUUUCCCUUCUCUGCUACACAGGUUUCUCCUCCCCAGCUGGAGCAGCGGAGGAUUUCAGCAGAGCUCCCAGCUGGUUGCUGCACUUAAAUGGGCGUAACUCAGCAGGAUUCCAGCUCAACACUUAUAAACCCCGUAAUGAAGACAUACAGCCUCGUGACCAGCAACCGCACAGCGAAGCCGGCUAUAAAAUCUUCUCCCCGACAGGAAGUGACAAAUAAAACUACAGAUUCCCUCCAAGCAGCAGAAAGCUGGACUCACUCUGCAUUUCUUACUCUCCUCUCCCGUCCACACAAAUCAUCAGACUGGCCUCAGAGCUGUGCUGGAGAAUGGCACUGAAGGUUCGACUGCAGAGAAACGUUUUUUAAAUUCAAUGAAUUAACAGUUUCUCCUUCUAAUCCAAGAAGGCUGAGGCUCAUUGGAAAAGGUUUAAUGGCUAAAAAUCCUCUUAAAUGUCCUGAAGAGUCUCAGAAUGGCUUCAUAGAAACCAAAAUAUCACCAAACUUAUUCCUGCUCAGUGGUAAUUAAUUGCUCCUGAAGUGGGUGUUUGAUACACCAGUGGGGCUCCAUAAACUGGUGUCUGUGUCCCAGUCGUGAACACAGAGGAGAAGAAAGGAGACGCCGUCCAUCUAUACAUGUCCAUGGUUUUUAUAAACAUAUUGUGAGUCUGUCUUGAGACAGUUUUCCACUUCUGCAACAAUUUUUGGGUUUUGCUUUGGUGUCAGAAGAAACGCAGCUUAUAAAUAAAUCAUGUGGUUUGAAUUCAGGCAGUCGGCUUUUUGAUCGAGUCGAAAGGGAGACGGAGCAGCUCUGAGCUUCCUACUUCUGUAAAUAAUCAGUUCAAUUUGUGCUACUUUGUGGUAAAUGGAAACACAGCUGACGUCGACCUCAACGUGGAAGAAAUUAUCCACAGAAGGUUUAAUGAUAAAGUCAGGAGCAGUUGGAGCAGGAAGAGAAGAAUCCAACAUGAGUCGUUCUAACAGAAACAGAUGCUUCACCUCAACCUGCAGCCGUUCACAGAAACAGUCGGCCAUGUUGGUCCUCGCCCUGCGUCAAGUUGCUGGUAUGCAGACAGCUGGUCACCAAUAACACGGCCCCAGAGCCCACGUGGCCCCAGAGCCCACACGGCCCCGUCAUCUGAGGGACGUUUAAACUUUAAAUGGCCUCGGUGGACAGCUGUCUGCUGUCGACAGAGAGGAGAGGAGCAGGUCAGAAAUGUUCUGCUGUGAAAGCUUCACCGCCUCAGUCUGAUCAGCCAUGGGCGCCUUCAUCGCCAAGAUGCUGCUCCCCACCGCCAGCAGCCUGGUGUUCCUGCCGGCCGCCAGCGUGGCGGCCAAGAGGGGCUUCCACACCGAGGCCAUGGUCUACUUCUUCACCAUGUUCUUCACCGCGAUUUAUCAUGCGUGCGACGGUCCAGGCCUCUCCAUCCUCUGUUUUAUGAGAUACGACAUCCUGGAGUACUUCAGCGUUUACGGCACGGCGCUCUCCAUGUGGGUCACGCUCGUAGCUCUGGGAGACUUUGACGAGCCGCAGCGCUCCACCAUAUCCAUGUUUGGCGUGCUGACCAUCGCCGUGAGGAUCUACCAGGACCGCUGGGGCUACGGGAUCUACUCUGGACCAAUCGGAUCAGCCGUCUUCAUCAUCACCAUCAAAUGGCUGCAGAAGAUGAAGCAGCUGAGAGCCGUCUACCCGGAGAAGAGCGUUUACACGCAGCAGGUCGGUCCAGGCUGCUGCUUCGGCGCCCUCGCUCUGAUGCUGCGCUUCUACUUUGAGGACUGGGACUACGCCUACGUCCACAGCUUCUACCAUCUGUCUCUGGCCGUGUCCUUCGUGCUGCUGCUGCCCAAGAAGAACCGCUACGCCGGGACGGGAGAAAACGCUGCAAAGAUCACCUGCUUGACGCUCUGCUGCUGUACAAUGUCGCCGGGUUCUUCCAAAGAAAAGACGAACAAACCACAGAAGAAGAAGUCGUCUCGGUCGGUGUGGCGACUCCCCACGGAGAAGCUGUGGCCCCGAGGGUCCGGCACCCCCACCCUGCCGGUCUGCGCCCCCCCGCCCUCUCCCCCGGUCAAAGGGACGAGCGUCAGCAAGCUGAAGGAGCUGAACGGCUGGAAGUGAAGCCGCAGUCAGCCGGACGGGCCGGCGGCGCUGGACCGGCACCAAGCGGCUGUCAGGACUCAGGAAACCGGCCCGCAUCAGGAUUUUCCUUCCUACCCAGAAACUGCGACCUGGCUGGUUUUCUGUUUAAGCAGCCAUCUGAGGAAUCCGCCAGCGACUGGAAGCCAGAUGAUAAACAAACAAAAGUGACCCGAUGUAAAACUCUGAGGUGAAUUAGACGUCAGAUCAGAACCCGGGUCGCGCGAGACAGACGGCCGAGACGAGCCUGUAAAACUGACAGCGUGAUUUAUGAGAUGAUCAGACCAGCAGAUGGUUUAUCUCUCCAAAAUGGAUAAAUUGUGUUUAGAGAUGUUCCUCUGGGGGAAACGGCGGUCUGCUCGCCUCUUCCUUCUCCUUUCCAUCCCUCCUAGAGAGGAAGCACGCGGCUUCUGAGAGUUAUUAGACUGUAAAGCACAGCGAGGCGUUUCAUCGUCCUGCAGGUGCCAGAGACGUCAUGAGGACAUCAGUCUGUCUCUGGCGUCUUAAUGUCUUCUGGAGGAGCAGGUGGACUCCUGCUGUCAUCUGUCUCUGCUUGGCUACGAAAAAUAUGACAGAAAAUUACUACAAUAAAGUCAAAAAAUUACAAAAAAUAAAGUCAGAAAAUCACAAAAUAUGCUCUUAAUACUACAGAUUUACUCUUUACAAAUGUAUUCUCGUUAUACUACAACUUCAUUCUUGCAAUAUUAUGAAUUUAUUCUUGUAUUAUUACUUUAUUUUUCUUAUUGUGGCCCUAACACUCGGUCCUACGUCUCUCCUUGUGAUGAGGUAUUUAUUUCAUUUUGUUCUGAUGUUUGUGUAUUUUUUUUUAAUAAACUGAUAUUUUACCGAAGUGUAG